AUGAAAACUGACGAUGUGAUCACGUGGUCCUUUCGCGAGCAAAGCGAGCAGCGAGGAGAAGAGAGCCUAUUCCCUAUGAUGGCUGUACCUAACCUUGGUCCAAUCGAAUACAUCAUCAGUACUCCGUCUAGCCACCGAGUCCAUCAUGGCAGAAAUCCAUACUGCAUCGACAGGAACUAUGGAGCAGUCUUCAGUGUGUGGGACAGGCUUUUUGGCACCUAUGAACCAGAACGAAAGAACGAAGAGAUCGCUUACGGGUUGGUCAAACCGGUAGCGUCAUUCGACGAGAUGUGGUGCCAGGCAAGCAUUCAAAUGAUUAAUUUCUCACAGGUGAAAGCCGCUUUAUAUCCGCCAGCCUACUUUCCUGGAAUGCGAACAAAGUGGUUCUUCCUGUGGCUAUCUAUGGAGGAUCACACUGCGGGAGCCCCUGAGGUGAAUCCCCUCAUACUGGCACCUAACUAA